CAAGUAACGUCUUCUGAAAUCGAAGAACGAUAGGUUUGAAACCGACUGUCAUUUUAACACAGAAAACAAAUGGAAAUGGAAGACAAUUGGUGGGUCACCAAGUUAAAGGCUCUGGAGUCGAAGCCACAAAGGCUGGAUGCGCUGACCGCCAUGAACUCAGCCAUCGCAAAGGAGGCGGCUCUUCCGCGUCAAAUAAUUGAACGCCUGCUGACCACGGACCAAUUGUAUGACUGCGCCAAUCCCGCCGCGGAUUCCCAUGUUCCCAAGGAUCAGGCCGUGGACGUGACCCUGGAAUUGCUGUGCCACUGCCUUGAUCAGCUGGCGAUGGACACCGCCGACGAGCAGCUGUCCAGUCUGCUAAGACGUGGCUUGACCCACUCGAAUCCAGCCUUGCGUGCCCAGGUGUUGGCCAGUUUGUUCAAGAAGCUGCUUCGCCAGUUGACCGUCGGUCAGGUUCUCACCCUGCCCAACAAUGAGCUUAUUUUCCUCAUCUUGGACGAGCUGAAACAACCGGAUACGCAGAGUACCUCUCUGGCCAUCAAUAUCCUAUCCAUCGUGCUGCCUCAGCGAAUCAGCAAUGCCGAUGUGCAGGCAAAGCUAGUACAGCUCCUAAAGCAAAAUGAGAUCGUGCGCUGUCGCGCCUACGAAUUGGCAGUGGUCCUGGCCAAGAAAAGUGCCACCUUACUCAGUGACGUUACAUUUAUUCUGGAUGCGGCUCUCAGCGAACUGGAUAACGACGAUGUUUUAUUGCAGGCUAGCGUAAUGGAGCUCCUAGUGCCACUGGCCGAACAAAACCAUGGUCUGUCCUACAUGGAACGUCGUCGCGUUUUGGAUAUAAUCAGCUAUCGGGUCCAACGCGUCGAAGAGCAUCCGCUAGACGCCCUGCUCGUUCCCAGCAUUAUGAAGUUUUUCGGCAAAAUUUCCGUAUACCAGCCUCUGAAAAUCAUUGGCGGCUACCCGCACAUGCUGGCCUGCUUGUUCAUGCAGCUUCAAUCGGAGGAUGAGAGUAUUCUGCCCACUGCCAUGGAUACGCUUGCCAAUUUGGCCACUACUCCACAGGGCAAGAUACUGCUGAACAUGCACUUUAGCGGGGCCAUGGAGAAGUCCUUUAAGAAGUAUGGCUCGCAUACUAAGAAGCUAUCGGCGCACAUCAAGAAGAGGCUGCUCAACUCCCUGGAUGUGAUUUAUGACUUCAAGACGCCGCCUGCCACAGAAAUCAUUAACAUUGGUAAAAACUGGUACGAGUGCUUCGCUGGGGGAGCGCAUGCUAAUAUCAUUAUGGACCUGAUAAACACUCCGUUCCCCGAUCUUCAAAUGGCCGCCUUGUCGUUCUUGAAAACCAUUUGUAAGUACAACUGGGGCAUUGUAGCUCUAAAGAAUACCGGCGGUGCUGUGGAGUUCCUUCUUUCGCGUCAAAAGGAUCUGCACAGGGACAUUAAGUAUAUGAAGUGGCAAAUUAUGGAGAUUCUGUCCGCUAGCGCUGAGUUUUCGCCCACCGAAACCAUCCGUUUCACGGCCUAUGUGAACGAGGGACCCUAUCACGUCCAGGCGGAUCUCGAUGUAGCCACUGAACCUCAGGGCAACGCAUAGAAAGCCGGAUGGCAGGCAUUUGCGGCCUUCGAUUGCAAGUCCUAUGUUCAAAAGCUUCAAUUAACAUCUGAAUAUGUAUUUAUAAAAUUAAAAUUUGAUUUAACUAUUAGAUCACAUGUAACAAUAUCCCAUUGGGCAGGUCGAAUAAAUGGGGAUGCAACAAAUAGUUAGGAUAUUCUUUGGACAGUUGUAAGAGGUUUGCCUUAAAACGAUUGGUAAAAUAAAUAAUAUACAAAAAAGAAACUUAAAUAGCUGGAAUCUCUUGUCUAAGGUUUAUGUUAUCAUAUCCUCAAAUGUUAUAAGUAAUUUAAAAUUGAUAUUAGAAUAAGUAUCAAUAAGUACGUAUAAUACCAAUAGUCUAAGGGACCAAUUACAUGGAAGUGUCCUGUUGUAAUGCCACCCACCCACUAGCCCCAGUCUGUUGAUCUCGUGCUGCAUUUUAAGCCAGUUGCGCCCGCCUACAGAUAGCUCAUCUGCCGGUGUGACAUCCGCUUUCGCCCCGACCCGCCGCCCACACCACCGCCCAAGUGCGCCAGACUGACACUCAGUCCGGACUCGUAGGCAGUCUGGGUCUGGGAUCGGGUCUCGUUGUUCACCAGCGAGCAGCUGGGCAGGGUGUGACAGUAGCGACGCAGCUGUUGCUUAAAGGCCGCAGUGGUCAAUGUGUAGAGCACUGGAUUGAGGGCCGAGUUCACUGGCAGCACAAGAACCGCCAGCCAGGCGUAAAGAUCGGGCGAGAUUUCGCAGCCUGAAAGGGGUUAUAUAUAUACGAAUAAGUUGAUAAUCAAAAUAAAUCAUUUAAAGGCGUUGCCGAUGAACUUGCCUGAAAGAGCAGCCAAUUUGACCACAAUUAUGGGCAGCCAGCAGGCGCAAUCGGUGGUCACAAUGAUGGCAAAGCUGUAAAAACAUGAUAUUUCAAUAAUUAAAUCAUUUUACUUGAAUUAUCCAAACUUACCGAGUUGCUACCACAUUCUCGCGACCGCUGUGAGUGCUUCGCAUUCCGCCACCCGAAUCCCUUAUCGCUUGCAACAUUCGAAUGUAGGAAAAGAGGAUGAAGAUCAGUGACAACGUAUUGACCAGGAUGAACAGCAGCGCCGAGUACUCCCAACCCUAAAAAUAUACAUUUUGGAAUAUUAGAACAGGCGUUUCCAAGGAAAUGGUGUAUUACCUUCGCAUAGGGAUCGUGGAUAUGCAGCGAUAAGCAGACACCAUUGUUGCCGUAGAAAUGGCUACCAAAGUACGGAUUGGGAAGAAGUGGAGCUGCAGCUAAUCCGAAACUUAUGCCCCACAACAGCAGAAGGCGUAGGACAAUGCUGUGGAAGUUGUCAUUUCAAUAAUUUAUCAUAGCUUACACAUACAAAACCAUAGCUUUUGCAAACUAAAAUGAAGCAACAG